GACAGACCAAGGGACCCGGUCCCGUGGAGACAGAUGCAUCCUGGCUAGAUUGCUACCACUGCCGCAUCUUCCCAACCAAGCACCCUCUCUUUCAUCGGGAGAGCCCCUUUCUCCCCAGCUCCCUCGGGGCUGCACCCCGGUCUUGGUCUACAAGGAGUACUCACCCAUCCCUGAAAUAUCCAGGAAAUUCAGUUGGUGGUGCUAUCAACUGAGUCACCAUGCGGAAUAUCUUCAAAAGGAACCAGGAGCCCAUCGUGGCUCCUGCUGCCACCACGGCCACCAUGCCAGUCGUUCCUGCGGGGCCUCCAGACAACUCCACAGAGAGUAGGGGUGCAGGGCCAACUGAAGAGGAUUUGUUCAACCACCUGAAGGAUAAAUUCUUCAAUGAGAUCCAGAAGAUCCCUUUACCUCCAUGGGCACUGAUCGCCAUUGCUGUGGUCGCCGGCCUCCUCCUCCUCACCUGCUGCUUCUGCAUCUGCAAGAAAUGCUGUUGUAAGAAGAAAAAGAACAAGAAGGAGAAGGGGAAAGGCAUGAAAAACGCCAUGAACAUGAAGGACAUGAAAGGAGGUCAGGAUGAUGAUGAUGCAGAGACGGGCCUGACAGAAGGAGAAGGUGAAGGAGAGGAAGAGAAAGAACCAGAAAACUUGGGCAAACUGCAGUUUUCAUUGGACUAUGAUUUCCAGGCUAACCAGUUGACCGUGGGUGUCCUUCAGGCAGCUGAGCUCCCUGCUCUGGACAUGGGGGGCACCUCAGACCCCUAUGUCAAAGUCUUCCUCCUCCCAGACAAGAAGAAGAAAUAUGAGACCAAGGUCCAUAGGAAGACACUGAAUCCUGCCUUCAAUGAGACCUUCACCUUCAAGGUGCCCUACCAGGAGCUAGGGGGCAAGACGCUGGUGAUGGCCAUCUACGACUUUGACCGCUUCUCUAAACACGACAUCAUCGGGGAGGUGAAGGUGCCCAUGAACACUGUGGACUUGGGCCAGCCCAUCGAGGAAUGGAGAGACCUGCAGGGUGGAGAGAAGGAAGAGCCAGAAAAGCUUGGAGACAUCUGCACUUCCCUCCGUUACGUGCCCACUGCUGGGAAAUUGACUGUCUGUAUUCUGGAAGCCAAGAACCUGAAGAAGAUGGAUGUAGGAGGCCUUUCAGAUCCCUACGUGAAGAUUCACUUGAUGCAGAAUGGUAAGAGGCUGAAGAAGAAGAAAACCACAGUAAAGAAGAAGACUUUGAAUCCCUACUUCAACGAGUCCUUCAGCUUUGAGAUACCCUUCGAGCAGAUCCAGAAAGUCCAGGUUGUGGUCACAGUGCUGGACUACGACAAACUGGGUAAGAACGAAGCCAUCGGCAAGAUCUUCGUGGGCUGCAAUGCCACAGGCACGGAGCUGCGGCACUGGUCCGACAUGCUGGCCAACCCCCGGAGGCCGAUCGCCCAGUGGCACUCUCUCAAACCCGAGGAGGAGGUGGAUGCCCUCCUGGGCAAGAACAAAUAGGCGGCCUCUGAGCCUGGGUCCACCCGAUGAACGCUGACAAGACCCAGAGCUCUCAAUACCUCAGUUAUGCAACUUCAGAGUAUUCUUUCGGUCUGUCACCAUCUCCUUUCUUUCCUUCUUUUCUUUUUCUCCUUUUUUAAAGACAAAUUUCCCUCUGUUGGCUGUGCAAGGAGAGUCCCCUAAUAGGUGAAAGAGAAGGCUGGCUCUUUUCAUUCUUCCCCAUAGCUGCUCUGUGCUGCAUGCCCUCUCUGUUUUCCCCCUUGUUUUUUCAAGGCCUCGCUCAAACUCCACCUUUGGGGCCUCUUGUGGUAGACCCACAAAAGGUGGCACUUCCUGUUUCAUGAACGUUUGGGACCAACAAAAUGGUGGCACUUCCUGUUUCUUAAAUGUUCUGGACCAACAAAAUGUUAACACAUCCAGUUUCCUGCAUGUUGACUUAUGGAGAGGGCCCUGGGGAGGCAACGUGCCAGUGGAGUGCUGUAAUAGCCUGGGUACAUCUCUGUUCGUAUGAGGAGCUCAGCUUCGGAGUAAUGAGUGGAUCAAGUGAAUGACCUUGAGCUUCUCCAUUUAUUUCUGGAACAAGAAAGGACGUUGAGAAGGUGUGGAAAGAGGAGAUCCUUCAGGGACGCUGCAACUCAGAAAGGAAAGGGCCCAGGAUCCCAGAGUCUUGUGAUCUACCUGUAGCCUGAAUAUCAGAAAUCCAAAUAUUCAACGUGGGUAGUUACUUGGGAAAAGGCAGGUUGUGAAGAUUGAAUUUGGCCAGAGCGUGGACCAAACCCCCUUUCCCUCCCUCCCUCCCCAUGCCACCAUGGACCUUUGCCAGCUCUUCUCUCUUCCAAAAAUUAGCCUUCUGGAGUAGUCAUGCAAGUAACCUGCUCUAUGAAACUUGCCUUGGCUUGGUGAGGGGCCACCAGUCUGGGGAACUCACUCCCAAUUUGUCAGCAGCAACAGACCAUCAAGAGACAGAGGCUCUGUUUCCCAGAAAGAUUAAAAAAAAAAAAGACAAAGCCCAUAAUUCUCCAUCCCUUAGAGGAUAAGGCAGAUAUUGGUCCCCUUCUAGAAAAGGCAUAUAGUUUGAUUUGCAUCUAUUUCCCAUCAUGCUUUGCCUUUUAAAAAUGACACAAGUUUGGUGUGAAGAUAUGUAAUUGGUGCAGAGCCACAGAACUUUAGCAGAAAACAAAGGUUAAAAUGAUCUUAGGUCCCUGAGGUCCAUCCAGGUAAGAAUUGGGGGUAGGCGAGAAAGACAUAGCUGGUGGACACUUUUGGUCUGAGUAGCAGAGAUUUCCUGGUGAGAGAUAAAAGCCAGCAUUGGGAUUUUUUUUCCUCUCUAGUUCCUUAGGUUAUUUUUCCCAUCCUUCAUUUCUGUAUUCGGGGAAGGGAGAGGUUAUGUCUAUGUGGAGGGUCUGCAGAGAGACUUGCAAGGGAGUCCCCUGGCUUAGAAUUUUAUAGGACUGCUCCUCUCUGAAUUCCCAGAAGCACAGGAGCAUUCAUUCCAAAUGGACUACUGGAAGCUUGCCGGGGGAACUGCCCUCUUGCCUUGCCCUGGCCCUGUUCCCAUUAACUCCUCAUUCACAGCAUUGAUAAAAGCCAUAUAUUUGUUAGCCAAGGUUGCACUGAGUCCCCUCCCAGGCCCUCCAACCCCUUCUCCACAGUGGGCAAAGGUGAGGCAAGUUUUGACAACCCUGUGGGAUCAGUAUCACCUUUCUCCCACCCACCAAAGGAAGCACAGGGACCUCAGGUCCCUCUUGCCUCAUAUCCCUCCAAACCCCAAGCCUUUUUUUUUUUUCUAAGCAGGAGAAAGCCACCGUUGGCCCAGGAAGCAUGCCCUCUGAGUAGCACAAAAUGGCAGAACUUCCUGUCUCAUCCGAUCAUGGCCACAACUGCUUUCCCCAGCCUACAAAGCCAGGUGGGGGAGAACUGGAAGGAAUCCAGAUAUAGGGGUGGGAGUGGGGUGAGAAGAGGACAUGUCACAUCUCUAGGUUUCACUGAAGAUGGACAUAAAGUUACUUUUUUGUUAAGCAGAUGAAGAGGGAUACUUCCUGGGAAGCAGGAACCAAGCCUCCCUGCCUUGAAGAGGGCAUCAGGCUUUCUGCUAGCGUUCCCUGGUGGCUAGGAGGCUAUUUUUAUACUAGAGACUAUUUUUUUUAAAUGAAAGAAGAGUUGGAUUGUAAUAAGGUUAAUGGGUUUUAGUCUUUGCUGACCAGAGAUGUGAUCAUGGGGGCAGUGGUAGGAGAAUUAGACAUGUUGGUUUGAUGGGAAGGACAUGAGAUUCUUCCUUCCUGCGGAGAGGCAUUUAACAUUUUUAGGGCUUUCUAAGCAUCUCUUUCCUUCCCUCCAACUACUCCCCCCCUCCCCAACCUAAGCCCAUUGAUCAGCUCUUCCUUUAUCUUUCAUUUUUUCUUCUUUUCUUUUCUCUCAUUUCCCCCUCCUCUCUGGACUUCCUCUUUUCACUGAGGAAUCCAGUCUCUUUAGAGUACCUUCCAUCCCCCUCCCCCUUAUUCGUCCAUCAAUUCCAAUAGCGCUGCAGCAUAAGAAGCCUAGAAAAAACAGGCAUGUUGGCCACUCUGGACAUCCACCUGCCCAGAGGCCAGGCAACCAGACUAGAGACCUUGGAGUCCCUUCCCUCCUCUUAGCUGACCUCAAUGGUUGAAUGAGAAUAGAGUGAAUUUGAUUCUUGAUACCAAGCCAGAUCUGAUCCCCUGAGACAGAAGGAAUGGGCAGUCAGUUGUCAAGCGGUUCCUGAAGAGCCAGGGAGGAUCCUGAAGUGGGAGGAGGAGUGGUCAUUCUCUCAGGCUGGAAGCUAACCAAGCAGAUUGGCACCUGUUGCUAGUCUUGGGGUUUUUUUUGGGGGGGUGGUUAGAAAUGGAUGCGAGAGCUUGUGGACUUCCCAGUAGUGAGGAUUACUGUCCUCUCAGGCUAUAGGGCACUAUUCAAAAUGCUCAUUUCCAUUUAGAUCUGAUUCUGGGGACUCAGGGUAUUGUAUGUGACUGGUGUUGGAUUCAUAGCUAGAGGAAGGCUCUAGGGAGCCAGUAGGACCUGUAAGUGUUCUUAGGCAGCCCGGGUUUGAGAGACAACUGAAGCUCCCACCCCUCCUCCUCAUAGGGACUUCAGUAAACCUAACCCAUCCCCCUUAUUUCAUUAUUUUCAAAGUCUAUUUUCCCCCCAAUUCCAUGGGAAACCCUAACUCCCUAUCCUAACUCAAAGAACCAUUUUUCUAAUCGGAUAAGUAAUAUAUGAAUUUCUUACCCAGUCUAGAACUUUGGAAGGCUGGGGGCAUGGAACCACAAAUCUAGUCAGACUCAGACCAGGGCAACUUGGGGCAUGGGAUGGGGUUCUGCACCCUUUCUUCCUCUCCCAGUCAAUAGAGAAAGAUGGAAGUACCUCUAGACUCCAGACUCUCCUUUCCAAAGGUGGUUAGGGAGUGGGGAGAGAUGGAUGAUUUGACCUUUGGAAGGUUCUUUUAGUGCAGAAACUGAGGGAAGAGAGUUGGAUAACAUAGUUGCCUUAAGGUUUCCUGAAAGAGUUAGUUUGCCUCCGUUGAAUGGGGAAUAGAUUUCUUACCACUGUGUUCUUAGGGUUGUGGGAGUAGAGUUUAGAAUUAGACAUCUGGGGGAAGGAAGAGAUUUCUCCUAGUCAUUCAGAUCCCUAAGACAGUUCAUGGUCUGUAAAUAGCCCAGGUCCGACCCAUUCUUAUAGUGAACUCUAUUCCCAUUUACCAAAGGUCCCCCAUAUUUGAGCCCAGGAACAACCCUCUGUAAUUCAACCUUCCUCAGUCCCUAGCUAGACUGUCGCACCAUCUGCUAGGUUGUGUGAGUCCUGUCCUUAGAGCACUGGGCAGGCUGGGAGAGAAGGUGAAGGCACUUUGUCCUAAGUGAGAUUCUGUAGAGGAGCCUGGAAGUCUGGCUCCGUUGGGAGGGGGUGACUAGGCACCCCCUUGUUACCUUUCUGUCUCCACAUUCUCCACCACCCUCUCCCCUGGAGGGCCAAAGACUGAACACUAAGGAUUUCACUUAAAAGUGGUUUUCAAACUGCAAUAUUGAGAAGGGGACACUGUGACUUGAAGACACAAAAAUAUAAUUCAUUUUUUUAAGGGACAAAAAAAAAAUUGAACCAACUGAAGCCAUUUGAGCCUCAUCUGAUGCCCUUUCUGUUUGUGUUUAGUAAUAUAUAUAUAAAAGAAGAUUAUAUAUAUAAUAUACAUAUGAACAAGACGUUUAAUUAAGGUGCAUGUUAAUAAGCCUUCUGUAAAUAGCCGCAUGACAAUGCUGAGAUUCUCUCCCCACUGAUCCACAGCCAUUUUACAGAACCCAUCAAGGCUACGACUUCAUUUUUUUAUGUGGUAUGAAUGAGUCCUGUCUUCCCACCCCUAAAAGAGAAAACCUUCCAUUUGGUGGUUAUCAUGUGACCGAGCCCUCCUCUAAGUGGGGAGCUGGCCUUUUGAGCAUGCGCCCCAUAUAAAAAGAAAGAAAAUCCCUCCUCUUAUCCUCUCCUGCCCCUUAUCCUGUCCUCUCCCUCCCAAUCUCUCGUCUGUCUUUGUUGGGUUUUGUUGCACUGUACCCUGAUCUGAUAUUUAGUGUAAAUGUGGCUUCUGUGUUCCAUGUGUGAUGUAUCCGUCCGUCCCCAAUGUCUGAACUAACUGAUAAGCCAUAAUAGGGCCGGCCUGUCAGACACCUGCCCUCUAGUCCCCAGUGUCUUUUCCAGUGAGUUUCCUGAAGCUACUUGUGAAGGGCUCACCGACUGCCCCCAUCCCCUCUCCCAUACCUUGUUUCAUCAAACGAAGUCUUCACAACUUCCCUUUGGGUCCUCAGCAAAUGAUCUCUGGAUAGCUCCAGAACCAGCUGGUUCCUUUUGCUGUGGCGUCAAGGUUUCUGGUUCUAUCCCUUCCUUGACUCUGGAUCUCCAUCCCUUUGGGGAACAAGGUCAGUUCUUCAGGAGUAGCAAGCCAGUGUUAUUGCCCCACCCACCUCAGUUUCUCUCUCUGUAAAAUGUGUGUGUAUAUGAAAGUCCCUUCUUUGCUGACCUUAGAGGGUUAGUAUGAGGCUUAGAUGGAGUAAUGGAUGAGAAAACACUUGAUAAAAUAUUGCAAAAACCACUGUCCAAAAGGCAGGAAUUACUCCUGCUAGUCAGGGCAGCCCAAGUUCAGAGUGGGCUCGGGGCAGGAGUCAGUAUUGCAGGGUAGAUUAGAUUGUGAGAGGCUUAGAAAGAAAGGAGAUGGAGGGGACUGAGUGCAAGUAAUUUCAACCUAUCCUUUGGUUAAGGGCCUCACAAAGAAACUACAUCCUGGAGAAGGUGUGGACACUGAUACUCCAUUAAACUGGGAGAGGGAGAGAUGGAGAAAGGCCCUGGAUGCUCUGGUUGGAAAGUUCACGGUGUGACAAAUAGCUUAGGUGGGAACGUGGGCUACCUAGCUCUGGGUUCAGCAACUUCAUACAACAGGAGCCACUAUUAGAGCCAAGCAGUGACCACGAGGGUCCCUAGCAGGGUUAAGGCAUGACAAAUUAUUGGCAACGGGAGUGGCUGAGCUCCAUCCAGAGGCCUGGAUGCCCUGGGCUAGCAAGCCUUCUUUGGUUAGCUCACACUCCCAUGUGCCCUCACCCAUCCCACUCUGAUAGGUAGAGAGAGCAAGAGCUAACAGUGGACCUAGGUAGGUAUUAUCUCUUUAAAAACUGAAGGCCACGACCCCACUGAGGAAGAGCUUCCAGGAUCUGACCCAAGUGUGGGCUGUGGCAGGAGCUGGAGAGACAAUUACCACUCUUGAGCAGGCUGGAGAUGGGACCUCGCUCCUCACUCCUGGAGGUGAGUUCAUGGGUGGGGAUGAAGAUAGGUGGUAACAGCAGAGAGAGAGGAGAGGAAAGGAGAGAAACCUGGUCCCUCUCUAGCCCAGUUUGGGUGGGUGGAGAGAACUUUCCCACUUCUCAAAUCCAGAGUUGAUUGGAAAUGGACAUAGUAGGAUUAUAAAGAAGGCUGGGGUGAAAAGAUGAUCUGGGGAACAGGUGAACAUCUCCAUCCAAUCUGCCUUGAGGGUUAGGGCUCUGGAGUCCCGACAACUGUUCCUUAGAGAAAUCUGAACCACUACCCCCAAUCCCCAAUCCAGGAAACUGGCUUGCUUCUUCUUGAAUAUCCUGAGACCUACAGAACCAGAGCUGGGGUGGACCCAAGGAUACCUCAUUGCCCACCCCUACCCCAGCUGGUCACUGGAUGUCAUCCUCAUCAGAUAUCUCCCUAACCUUGUCUCACAUGAAAAAUAAAUGCACAGAUGUUGCCCCUUAACCUAUCAGGUCCCAGCCCUCUCUUUUUCCCCCUUUCCCCAAGCUUGGCAAUGUCCCCCUUCCCUAGUGUGGACUCUUGUUUUUGUCUGAUUUCUUGUCAAAUUGUUAUUUUGUAAAGAGCUGCGUCUCCUUAUUAAAGAAAUGAGCUGAAA